UUGUCAAAGUAUGGGGACCUAUUUGCAUUUUACCAUUUCCAUUCUACUGACUUUUAUCCAUCAAGCAGAGUCCAGCUCUGUGUUUGUGCUAAAGGGACAGGACGUUCGUCUGGAUGUCCAGGAAAAUGUUCAACUGAAAGAGUUUGAGGUUUUUAAGUGGAGCUUCGGAACAGCCAAUAUUGUAAGAUAUUCUGACACAUUGUCAGUGAAAGUGUCUUCUGAGUACAACAACAGGGUUGAGUUUUAUAAGGGAAACUUCUCUCUGCUACUGAAGAACCUACAGGAAGGAGACAGUGGACCUUAUACUGCAGUAGUGAGUGGUGAAAAAGAAAAUACUAUUAUUGCACACCAGUUAAUUCUCCAAGAGAGAGUUGAGCCUCCAGUCCUGACAGUGGAUUCUAACUCCACCAUCAAUGGCACCUGUAUCGUGACAGUGACCUGCAGAGGUCAGAACACCUCUGUCACCUCCAGCUGUAACAGCAGCACCUGCUCUCAGGUGGGAGGAGAGAGUAGAGGGGCUGAGACCUCCACUGUCCCCCUGCUCUCUGUCUAUGUGGCAGGGGGUUCCAUCAUCUGUAACCACAGCAACCAAGUCAGCUGGGCCAGUGAGUCCAAGGAGAUAGUGGAACUCUGUCCAAUGAAAUCUGACCAAGGCGAGAAGGCGAACUACAACUAUGCUCUCACAGUCGUGGCACCUGUCUGCGUAGUUGGAUUCCUUACCCUGAUUGGUUUUGUUCUUUGGCUAACGCAAAACAAACGAGGCAAAGAUGAUGUUAUGAACCCAGUGUCAGACAGGACUUCAGAGAACGGCCAAGCAGGUGGUGAAGAGCAGGUGUCUCCAGGUCCAGGCCCAACAUCACCCACCAUCUACAGUAUGGUGGGACAUCCCCAACCCCAGCCUGUGGACCACCCCACCUUGGUGGGAGACCAGCCUACGCAUGAGGACCUCCCCAUGACCACCAUGCCCCCCAAGACCUCCAUGCCUGAGAGUAUAUAUGCUAUGGUGGGGAAAAAGACUAGCAAACUGUAA